AUGAGAAAGAAAACAAAUCUCGUUGGUAGAAUAACAAGAAAACAAGAUCUGACUACUUACAUCCAAUCUCAAUCGGGGAAAAAGUUUGAAGAAGAUGCAGCCUGAGUUUGCGACGACGUUCUCACUCCUUUCGGCUCUCUUUUUCCUUGUGACGCCGGAGCUAAUUCCAGUCAGUGAAGCCGUGUGGCUCAACAUACCUAAGACGGGAACAAAGUGCGUCUCGGAGGAAAUCCAGAGUAAGGUCGUCGUCUUGGCAGAUUACCUCGUCAUCUCCGACGAGCAUUCCAUCUUCCCCACUGUCUCCGUUAAGGUUACAUCACCAUAUGGAAACGUUUUGCACCACAGCGACAACGCAACGCAUGGUCAAUUUGCGUUUACAACCCAAGAAUCAGGAACCUACUUGGCUUGUUUCGAGGCCGAAGGAAACAGUCAUGGUAACAAAGACAUUAGCAUCAACCUUGACUGGAAAACUGGAAUCGCGGCCAAGGAUUGGGACUCCAUUGCUAGAAAAGAGAAGAUUGAGGGUGUGGAGUUGGAGCUUAGGAAACUUGAAGGUGCAGUUGAGGGCAUUCAUGAGAAUCUACUUUACCUAAAAGACAGAGAAGCGGAGAUGAGGAUUGUGAGUGAAAAAACAAACUCGCGAGUUGCAUGGUACAGUAUAAUGUCGCUAGGCAUCUGCAUUGUCGUCUCUGGUUUACAGAUUUUGUACUUGAAGCAAUACUUUGAAAGGAAGAAGCUUAUUUAGAUAAGAUGAUGGAUGAUCCAUGGAUACUAGAAACCAACACUUUCCUUUGCUUUCUUCUUAUACCACUCUUUUGAACUCAAUAGUGUAAAACUUUUUUGUUUCACUCAUUUAACUUGUAAUCUGUCCCUCGGUUAGAUAAUUAUAUAUCUACAUUCUAAUAAUCAGAAUUUAAAUUACA